AUGUCGUAUGGGAGCGGAACUGUGGUGCUGCCCAUUGCGCGGCGCGUUUUUAUCGGGGCCUUGGUCGGUAUUUAUACCUACACGGCCAUCGAUGUCGUGCUGAUUCCCGGAUACUCUCAGCUCAUGCAACGAUGGAAAAAGGGUUCUUCGGCGGAGGCAUCAGGUCACGCAUUCGCGCUCUACGUCUAUUUCGUGCCCGUGCUGCUAAUUUGCGUCCGCCACUAUUCGCCGUCUGUCGCCGAGUGA